AUGAGCAUCGACUCACAGGCGCAGCGUCGCCCUCAGGCGCGUCGGGCAGCCCCUUCGCGCCGAGCCGCGCGCAUCCCAAACGAGCUCGAGCUGGAGCGCGAGCCUCCACCGCUGCCGGUGCCGCCGCCGCCGCUGCCGUCGCCGAACAACAACCACAACCACGGGCUCGGGCCGUCGUCGUCGACUGCGUUGAGCCCGAACUCGAGGUCAAAUUCGUUCUUUUCGUUGCCAUCACCGCCAUCAACGGCCAUGCUCGUCACCAUCGUCUUGCUGGUUUCGACGGGGGCCGUGCUGUACGUGUCGCUGCAAACGCGCUUGAGGUAUCCGGCUGCCACGCGCCCAAGUACCAAAACGGGCCGACGGAAACAGCAGAAUCUGGUCAAGGCCGUCGCUGCAGCGCAGCAAGCGACAAGAAUAAAAUCGGGCACCACUACGAGUCAGACUACUUCGGCCUGUAGUGAUAUUGGCGCAGGACCGCUCAUGAAUGCCUCGAACUCGACGACGACGACGACGACCGCGACGACGGACGACGUCGGCAGUGGAGGUCCGAACCGAGUAGGGGAUCCGACGCGGAACCGAACCGAAGACGAAGCAAGGAUCAGCGAUUCGGAAGCCACGACCGAAGGCUGGAUCCCGGCAUGCGUAGCCACCGCGUUCGUUUUGAUUGCUUCGUCAUUACCCUGGAGUCGGAUACCGAGGGUUUCGACGCCUUCCCCUGUCGACCAAAUCGCCCCAAGCCCGCCCCAAGUCACGAAUGCGCGAUCCGAAGACGUCGGGGCAGCAGACCGAUCAUCCUUGUCGCCGCCGAAACAGAGGCCAUCUCCGGGUUCGCCAGGACGAAAGUCGUCUAACCGCAAGGGAAAAGGCGGUCUUACCCUAGCCUCGUUGUCCGGGCUGGCCACUUUAUCACCAGGUCCGUCUCCGCAUCGCUCGACUUUUCCAUCGGUGCCGCCGACAUCCGCAUCCGAGGACGCAGAUGCCAUCACUACUCCACGCGAAGGCAAGAGCGACGGACCGACACCACCCAUCAUCACGAUUGCCGCCAGUUCCCCCAAAGACCUCGAGGAAUCAGGCUCGAGCUCGACGCGAGGGCGGUGGCCCACAACGCGACCUGUCUUGUGCGAUGCUGAGGUACAAACCUCCCCGAUACUAGGCGCGAUUGCGGCGUCCGAAGGUUCGACACUCGCCAAUUUCGAAGACCUGGACGUGAUGUCAGAAGGCACGUCACUGCAACUUUUCGACCCCAAUGGCCUCAAUCUCCACACAUCAUUCGAGCACACGCUGCAGCUCGGUCAAAGGCAAUUUGGCCCCGCCCCAAACUCGGACAGGUCCUCUUCUCCGAUCGACGCCACCGUCGCCUCUCGCGCAGAUUCGAUCAAUUUCGGGACAGCACCUCCUUCUCCUUCGACUGCUCCCACAACCCCGGCGACGACACAUUCCCAGCUUCGUCGUCCGAAAAACGGUGCGCCGCGGAGCAUAGCCCUGGAGAGCACUGGCACUGUGAGUCAUGUACUUGAGGCUCUAACUGAGUUUUAUUUUGGUUCAACCGACUGAUCUGUUUCUGAUGAUCUCAACCUUGACUCCGCAGACGGACUAUAGCGGAAGCAGCCAAGGCCCGGAGAGUAGCAAUGGCGCUGGGAGCGCACCGUUGAGCCCAGUUCAUGCUGGCCCAGUUCAUGCUGGCCCAGCUAUCUUAACCGUUCUCGAUCUCGACGCAAGGUGGAGCCGAGGCCGAGAUGGCACGAAUCAGGCUUCACUCUCCGGCUCUCACAAACACUCCAACAAUGGGCAUACAGACUCCACCCACACCACAACCUCCUUUCCUCCCGACGACCGACGACCUCCGCCCUUGUCUCGGUCCAUGUCCUCACCUAGCACACCAUCAUCGGAAACGCGCCGAGCCGCCGGAGGUAGCAAGCCAUCGUCCCAUCGCAAAUCCCCGAGCGUCGUCAACGGCGCCGGUCGACAAUUGCGACUAGAUGACCCUUACUGGAAGACCGGGCAGAUGGGCCUUGCGAUCGAUGGCAGCUCUGCUGGAAUGGCGACACGAGGACCCCUGUUCCGCUUACCUUCGGACAUUGUUCAUCACGACUCGCCGAAGCUGGCUCGUGAGGACGCAGGCGCGGGUCCUGGGGGAUAUUGCGGCCCCAACACAACCACAAAUCGCCCUGACUAUGUUUCGUCUUCCGAAUGGGCAAGUCCCCACUCGUCUCCAGCUCCGAAGCGCUCGCAACCCUCCCGGUCCGCCCAGCAACACGCCUCUGCUUCCGAAGACUGGGAGGCUGCCGACGGUCGAUGGCCACCGUCCGUGAUCACGUCCGGCCUCGCUUCAAGUGGCGGUCAAGCCUCGGCGCCCCCGGGCCAAAACCAGCAUUUUGGAAGCAAUGGCGGUGCGACACAGUUGGAAACACAAGCUGCUGCCUCACGGCAGCCGGCAGGUUCGUUCGGCUUCUCUCCAAUCACGCCUUCUCAGGCCACAACGUCGACUUACCCGCCAGGCUAUCAUCUCAUGGCCGGCCACAACAACUAUGGAGUGGCUGUUCAUCCUUCGCCGCUUUCUUCGCCGAGCGUGCUGCAAUCGAUGGCUCAGCAGCAGCAGCAACAACAGCAGCAGAUGCAGCAGCAGAUGCAGCAACAGAUGCAGCAACUCCAUGCCCAGCAGACGUUUCAGCAAGCGCAGGCGCAGGCGCAGCAUGUCUUGGCACUUGAAGCGCAAGUUCAUCAGCUCAGUUUGCGACACCAGCAGCUCUCACAGAUCGAGCGGGCACGACUGGAAGCGGAACAGCACGAACAGCACCGUUCGAUCCUUCUGGCCCAAGCAAUGGUCGAUGGUCCCCUUUCCCCAACCGCAUCCACGACCUCGAAUACCGCGUCUGCUGACCAGAUGCACGCCCCGACCCUGCAUUCAGGAGCAACCGCCGCCACGCCCAAGACGCCCGUAGAUGCCCUCGUCUACCCGAUCUCGAGCUCGUCGAACGGAUCCAAUUGGACUCCGCCGUUGAUCGGAUCAGCGACAUCCACUGCGUUCCCCAGCUCGUCCUUGCUGCUGUCUCCAACUUCGACAUUCCCGUCGACGUCGAUCGGAGCGUAUCCAGCUUCUUUGAGCGCUGCACCUGCUUUCUCCAACGGACUGGCCUACAGUAUGCCGCACCUUUUCAACGCGCAAACGGUCGCGAGCAUGAGCGUGCUGUCAGCCUCGAUCCAGCACCAGCAGCUGCGCAGCGUCCUGCCUACGCCAUCGAUUCCCCAGCGGCCGAACAACCAACGACGCAUGUCCUCCGGUCGGAAUGGGAACGAUCGCAAUCGCUCCACUUCCAACGCAGCAGGUCUUUCCGCUUUCGCCUUCUCGAAUACCGACCGGUCCUCGCUCGAGUGGCAAGAGGCCUUCAGGUCCAAAGUCAAGGCAGUUGAAAUGGAUGCAGAGCGGACUGCCAAGGAGCUGGAGAUCGCUCGCUGGCGCUUGAUCGUGCUCGAGGAAGAGCAGCACAACCUAGAGGUCGAGGUAGGAUCAUUGAUUAAGUGCAGGUUUUUACGAUGUCGCAUCUUACUCAUCCGAUUUGUGACGUUUCCAACCCCCCCCCCCCCCCCCCCUCCGGUUGAACAGAACCAAGAAGCGCUACGGGCACUGGCGAACCGAGCAAUGCGAGCAGAGGCAAGACUCAAGGCCAUCGACAACAGUCGCCACGAAGCCUCGUCGACGUCGGAGUCUGGCUCUCCCAAGGCUCAAGCGUCCAGCUCGACGGUGACAGAAAUUGGUGUCAGUGCGAGUCGCCGCAAGUACAGCGCGGAGCAUAUGGGUGAUAGCCAGGUGAGUGGAGACGAGCACGCUUCUUUGCUCGUGUAUCGGAACAUCCGUGCUGACUCCACAGCCCAUCCCGACGCGGCAUAGACGCAUCCCUUGAGCUACAUCGAUCUUGACUCGGUUUCCUUCGGAGUCACCCCGCUGCCUUCGACCCACUCGAGCCGCCCGCCGCUCUCGAACGAACGUCGCCGCAGCAGUCGCCGAACAUCGGAUCCCUCACUCCCCGGAAAGCAGCAGCGACGAAGCAGCCAGAACAGUCGUCGUCGCUCCACAACCACUUUCCCCAACACCCACCAAGCGGAUGCCGCCGACGGCCCCGACAACGAUGACGAUCUCGUUAUCGUGCUCGACACGCCGACCAGACCGCACAGGCUCGUGUCACGACCCGACCAGGCGUCAUACCCUACCGCCUUGGCCUCAUCAUCGUCUAAAGGUGGCGCUGAAAGUUAUCGCGAAGGCGAGUCUCUGACGCUGAUCGACGAAGACCAGGCUUCUACUAUCGACGUCGACGACUUCGGAGGACCGCGCACUCGAGCCAGCAGCAUCGUCGAGACCAUCUCCGGUCCUGGGUACAUUGGUUCGCUCCCAACUUUCCUCUCGCCGCGAUGGGCGCCUCCCGGAGGAACUUUGCCUUUGAUUCCAAAUCCCGGCGGCUCAGGCAAGGAGUCACCCAACCUCGGCUCCAGUAGUGACUCUAGCUUCGACAUUAGUCCGAGGCGUCGCAUUGAGGCCCUGCCCGAAGAGCCAAGCCCCCCUCAGCUGGACCACCAACAAUCGACAACGAACUCGUCGACGCCGCUUUGCACACAGGACGCCUCCGAUAUCCGGUCAUCAGAGCUUGAUGCUCCGGAUGGUGCUGUGAAGGACCAGACGAUUGGUCAGUUCGCCCAUCCCCGCGCCUUCAUCGAGCGACAUGACUCGAGCGAGCGCACACCACGUGUCGGAGCAGGCGACCCUGCUUUCUCCGCCGUGCCGGAUGCGAUUGUGGAAGCUCGACCGACGGGUCCUUGA